AUGAAAAUGCUUACUAAAUUUGAGUCUAAGUCGACAAGGGCUAAGGGGAUUACAUUCCACGCCUCUAGACCAUGGGCUUUAGUUGCUUUGUUUUCUUCUACCAUUCAAUUAUGGGAUUAUAGAAUGGGCACAUUAUUACACAGAUAUGAAGAUCAUGAAGGUCCAGUAAGAGGUAUUGAUUUCCAUCCAACCCAACCAUUGUUUGUCUCCGCGGGCGAUGAUUCUACUAUUAAAGUAUGGUCUUUGGAAACUCACAAAUGUUUAUUCACUCUAACAGGCCAUUUAGAUUAUGUCAGGACCGUAUUUUUCCAUCACGAAUUACCAUGGAUCAUCUCUUGUUCUGAUGAUCAAACUAUUAGGAUCUGGAAUUGGCAAAAUCGUAAAGAAAUUGCCUGUUUGACUGGCCAUAACCACUUUGUUAUGUGUGCUCAAUUUCAUCCAACUGAAGAUUUAGUUGUUUCUGCUUCUUUAGAUGAAACUGUCAGAGUUUGGGACAUUAGCGGCUUGAGAAAAAAACAUUCAGCUCCCAGCACCAUUAGUUUAGAGGAACAAUUGAAUGCUUCCCAAAAUUUACUAGAUGGUGGAUUCGGCGACUGCGUUGUCAAAUUUAUUUUGGAGGGCCAUACAAGAGGUGUUAAUUGGGCUACUUUUCAUCCAACGUUACCAUUAAUCGUUUCCGGUGGUGACGAUCGCCAGAUUAAGUUAUGGAGAAUGAGUGCUACUAAAGCUUGGGAGGUUGACACUUGUAGAGGCCAUACCAACAAUGUCAAUUCCGUUAUAUUUCAUCCAUAUCAGGAUUUGAUUAUAUCUGUAAGCGAAGAUAAAACGAUUAGGACUUGGGAUCUAAACAAACGUACCCCAGUUAAACAAUUCAGGAGGGAUAACGAUAGAUUUUGGUUGAUUGCUGCCCAUCCUAAAGUUAAUUUGUUUGGUGCUGCCCAUGAUUCUGGUAUCAUGGUUUUUAAAUUGGAUAGAGAGAGACCACCCUUUGUCAACAACCAAAACCAACUAAUUUUCAUUAAUAAGGAAAAACAAGUCCAAAUCUUCGAUUACAAAAAGAAAAUUACUUCUCUACCACUAGUUUCCUUGAAGGGAGUGGACAAUACGUGGAAUGCUUUUAGAAAUAUUUGCUAUAAUCCAUCUCAACACUCUAUUUUGAUUAACACCGGUGAAAAUGACAAAUUUGCCUUAUGUGUAUUGCCACGCGAUGCUACAGGUGCAGUUGAACCAAGCAACUUGAUUUUCGACCAAGGUUCAUUUGCUACGUUUGUUGCCCGUAAUAGAUUUGUUGUAUAUGACAAGGCUUCUCAAUCGAUUGAAAUUCGUGACUUGAACAACAAAAAAACCAAAAACAUCAAAGUGGAUGGCGUUGUCAAUGACAUUGUUACUGCUCAGCCAGGUUCUGUUUUAUUAUUAAAACCUAAAAGCGUUGUUCAUUUUGAUGUCCAACAGGGUAAAAUUAUUUCUGAAGUGGAAGUUAAUAACGUCAAAUAUGUUUCUUGGUCCCAAGAUGGCCAGUAUUUAGCUCUUUUAAGCAAACAUACAAUUACAAUCGUCGACAAAAAUAUGCAGACUAUUACGUCAAUGCAUGAAACCAUUAGGAUUAAAAGUGCUUCUUGGGAUGAAUCUCAUGUUUUAAUUUACUCCACUUUGAAUCAUAUUAAAUACUGUUUAUUAAAUGGAGAUAAUGGUAUUAUCAGAACUCUGGAAAAUACACUAUAUACUACCCGAGUACAAGGUAAAUAUGUUUAUGCUUUGAACCGCAGUGGGGAAGUGGAAAUUUUAACCAUUGACCCAACCGAAUAUCGUUUCAAGAAAGCAUUGGUCAACAAGAACUUCCCAGAGGUUUUAAAAAUUAUCAAGACAUCUAACUUGGUUGGCGAAAAUAUUAUUGCUUACUUACAAAAGGCUGGUUACCCAGAGAUUGCUUUACAAUUUGUUCAAGACCCUCAAACAAGAUUUGACUUGGCUUUAGAAGACGGUGAUUUGAAUAUUGCCUUGGAGGAAUGUUCUAAAUUAAAUUCUCCAGAUGAAUGGGCUGUAUUGGGCGAAAAUGCCUUGCUGCAAGGUAAUGCUGGAUUAUCUGAAUUAGUUUACCAAAAUAACAAGGAAUUUGAUAAAUUAUCUUUUCUAUAUUUGGCAACAGGUGACAAAUCUAAGUUAGCCAAAAUGGAGUCCAUCGCUGAAAAUCGUGGUGAUGCAUCGAGUGUGAUUUUAAACACUAUUUACAGCAAUAAUGUCACAAAGAGAUCAGAAGUCUUUCACCGCUUUGGUUCUUUGCCAUUGGCCUACGCUGUUGCCAAGUCUAAUGGUAUUGAUGCCUCCUCUAUUUUAGAAGAGGCUUCCAUCGAUGAAUCCAAGAUUGUUUUGCCAGAUGGUAUUUCUAGUUCUAAAUUUGUAAAAUCAUCAACCUUAUCGGAACCUUUGACCGUUUGGCCAUUGAAAAAGACUGAUUUAUCCUAUUUUGAAAAAGUGGUUUUAGGUCAAAUUGAAAACUUAGAUUUACAAGGCAAUGAGGAGCAGCAGCAACAAGAAGAAGAAAGUAGUGAUGUUACCCAGGAGGAACCUUUGUUUGAAGAUGAAGAGCCUUUAGACAUUAAAGAUACCGCUGCCGGUGCAGCAGAUGAUGCUUGGGACUUGGGUGAUGAAGAUCUAGGUAUCGACGACGAAGAUGACUUUGCUGAUUUGGCAACCAACACCAAUAAAAUACCUGAUAUGGAUAUGGAGGAAAGCGAGACCUCUAUGGAUGAAUUAGCAAAAUGGGUACAAACUUCUAAAUUGCCGGCUGUUCUUGCCGCUGCUGGCGCGUUUGACGCAGCUGCUCAAGCUUUAAAUAAACAAGCUGGUGUAUACAAUUUUGAACCUUUGACACAGCGUUUUAUCGAUGUUUAUGAAUCAUCUAAACUUUACAUGACCGCCACGCCGGAAGAAUUGCCCUCUGUAACAGGUUACAUUCGUAAGGAUCCAGAAAACACAUCAGUUAUUUUGCCUUCGAUCCCAGGCAUUUCAGUUAUUAAUUCUAAAGUUUCUUCUGGGUUCAAAUUGUUUAAAGCUAACAAAUUGGAGGAAGCUAUAGAGAAAUUCCGUGAAGUGAUAUACACAGUUUGCUUAUUGAUUGUAGAUAACCAGGAGGACGAAGAAAAAGCGUUUGAGGCUUUAAAACUAGCAAGAGAAUAUAUUUUAGGUCUAUCUAUUGAAUUGAAACGUCGUUCUCUACCAGUUACUGACGUUAAGCGUAAUUUGGAAUUAGCUGCCUAUUUUGCCAAAGUUAACUUAUUACCUGCUCAUAGAGUUAAUGCUUUGCAAGUUGCAAUGACCCAAUCGUUUAAAAACAAGAAUUUUGUUCAAGCUUCGUAUUUUGCUGAAGAAUUCUUGAAAAUUGCUCCAUCCGGCCCUCGUGCUGAGCAAGCUCGUAAAGUAAAGAAUAGAGCCGAUAGUAUUGCACAUGAUGCACAUGAAAUAGAGUUUGACCCAUAUGCUAAAUUUGAUAUUUGUGCAGCUACGUAUACUCCAAUUUAUGAAGGUUCUCCGAGCGUGAUUGACCCAUUAACUGGAACUAAAUAUCAUCCAUCCGAAAAGGGUAAGAUUGAUAGAAUUUCAUUAAUUUCAAAAAUCGGUGCACCAGCCUCUGGUUUAAGAAUUCAUGUUUAG